GAAUUAUUCGACCAACAAUAUCAAAUCCAACCAAAAUACCUGUUGGGUCUCUGCAUCAAGCUCCAAAGAGAAUUGUUCAAUAUUGAAACUCGAAAGACCAAAGAAUUUUGGAGACUAAUUGAGUAAAUCAAGAUUGAAAAAUAAAUCAUCGUUCUAUCUUGCAGGCCUGACUGAUUUACCAUGUUUGGUUCUGCGACAAAUACUUCCAACAGCUGGGGGAACUCCAAUGGAUUCGCCAAAUCCAACUCUUUUGGAGGCCUGAGUAACAAUGCCACUGGUGGUGGUUUGUUUGGCUCAAACAACAACACUAAUUCGACUUCGUCGGGCUUAUUUGGCAAUUCAAAUACAAACACAUCAUUUGGGAAUAACAAAAGCCCGGCCGCUUCUGGAGGGUUAUUUGGAAAUUCAGGACAAGCACCCGCUGCUCCUUCUGGGGCUGGGUUGUUUGGUAACUCCUCUUCAAAUACCAAUGCUGCCCCUACCGGGGGGUUAUUUGGCAAUGCUUCCUCCAACACUAAUUCUACACCUGCAUCUGGGGGGUUGUUUGGAAAUACCGGCGGUAACACUGCUAACCCUUCUACUACGGGUGGUGGCUUGAUUGGCAACUCGCAAGCACAAUCUACGAAUCCUAGUGGCGGGCUAUUUGGUAAUAACAAUUCUACAUCGAAUAGCGCCGGUGGUCUUUUUGGUAAUAAGCCUAAUACUAGUACUAGUGGUGGUCUUUUUGGUAACUCGAGUACAUCUCAAAAUAACAACGGUGGAUCAGGUUUAUUCGGGACUAAUACCAAUUCCAACGCAAGUGGUGGCUUGUUUGGCUCGUCAAAUCAUCCAGCGCAAGCAGGGGGUCUUUUCGGUAAUUCCAAUUCAAACCCUCAAUCAACGCUUGGAGCAAGCAACAACUCUUCAACCAUUAAUAGCAUAGGUAGCAAUCCUUAUAAUUACGAUACAAUUUUUAACAACAUACAAAAAGAUGUGCAAAAUAUGCCAAAAUCCAUUACUGAAUCUGUUUUCAACAAUAAUUCUAAGGAAAAUACAAACAUCAAAGGAUACAACUUAAAACAAAUAAUAAAACCCCAAGAAAACAAAUCGUCAUUAUUAAGUAAAUUGGGUCAGACAUUUAAACUCUUCAGAAAUAAAUACGGCUCAACGAAUUCCACUUCUGGUUUAAGUGCCAUCAAGGGAUUAUUUACUCAGCCAAACUAUAUUGAUUCCAAGAAUAAACAAAAUCUUUUCCCAAAAGCUGGUGUUUUGCAUAAUAAAAGGUUUAAUAAAAAAAGCUAUCGAUCCUCCGUCCAUGAUCGAGCUUUCAGUGACAUCAAAAGACUUGUGAUAAAGUCGAAACCAUUGAAAUUCCAUCUCAUCAAUGCUGAUAAAGUAUUCAAAACGAAAAGGAGAAGAAUUAUUACGGAUGAUAGGGUUCCUUUGAGAAAUUUCUUAUCUAAUAAUGAACAAUCUGAUGAUGAUAUCAGUGAUUCCGAAGAAUUGGAGCAUAAAGCUCCCGCUAGUUAUAAGAAAGAACAGCCUUUCGGUAAAAGUUAUACAGAUGAUUCUGGAGAAAAUGAUCCAGAUAAUACUGAGAUGAAUAAUGGGUACUGGUGUAAACCAUCUAUCAAGGAAUUGAACAAGAUGUCCAUUGAACAAUUAAGUAAAGUUGAAGAUUUCACCAUUGGGAAGCUCGAACAUGGUAUGAUUUCCUAUAGAUUUCCUGUUGAUUUGAGUUCUGUCCUCGCAAGUGCAGAAGAAUCUGGCAAAUCACUCGGGGAAGAAUUGUUUGAUAAUGUUGUUAAGUUUAGGAAGACUACUGUUCAAGUUUACGGGGGGUUUAAAAGUAAGCCACCACUUGGAAAGGGCAUGAACGUUCCGGCUGUUGUGACAUUGGUCAUGCCUCCAGAAUCACGUUCGCUUGAUGAACACAUCAAAAUGUUGAAAAAUCUCACUGGUAUGGAAUAUUUAUCAUAUAAUCCGUUUAACUGUCAUUUUGUAUUCAAGGUUAAGCAUUUCAGUGUGUGGGGAUUAGUUGACAGUAAAUCAUUCGAUGAAGACGAAAGGAGAAGACUCGAGGCUCUUAAAAGGGAGCAGGAUCAAAAUGAAGCUGAUGCUACCAUGGAAUAUUAUAGGCUUUAUGAAAACGAUAAAUUCCAACAAGAAUUGAAAAGACAGAAACUUAACGCUUAUACUGGUCAAUUACCAGGUGCCUGGGAAGAUAUCGCCGAUGAGAAAGACAACCCAUUAGUGGUCAAAUCCAACAUGGUUAACGACGAAAUCAAUAGACAGAUACAAUUACACAAAAAUAGCCAAACUGCGAAUAUCUUAGCAGAUAAUGUUAGUGACAUAACCAUUGACUCUGAAGAUGAAUUAAGACCGGAUUCCCCCGUCGGUGGGCUGUAUUCUCAACCAGAAGAACCUGAAGUUGAGGCUAGAAAAUAUGAUUAUUUGAAACAACUUGUCUUUUCUUUACCCAAAGGGACCGAUAUGAACGAAUUAGUUGAUGAAAAAGUUUUUGAACCUGAAAUCACUGAUGAUUCAAUUUUCAAUAGAAUUCAAAUCAGACCCAACUUGGCAGUCUCCGAUGAUUGGUUAAUACAGCUUGAAUUUGCCAAUGAUAUGAAUUCAUCUUUAACUUCAUAUAUCACUUCACAACGAGAAUUACGAAAUGUCGACAUUGAAAAAGUGGAUGAUCUCUUAUUUUCCAGCUUUAAUAAGAAAUCAUCUCAAGAACAAAACACUAAGGAUCUCUAUUCUAAUACCAAGGCUAUUGAGCAUCUCGACUUUGAUGAAAAAUACCCACAAAAUAUUUCCAAAAUCAUUUAUACUUUAGUUCAACGUGCUUCCAUCGAAACAAGAUUUAAUAAAUAUCCAUUAGUCAACGAAGCAACUGAUUUGACAUUCCGUGAUCUUUUGAUCAAUGACGUUGGCGAUGAGGAAGAGCUUUUACUUCUCAAACUUGGAUCGGUGCUUUUUGAUGAAGUUGAAAUAUCCAGCAUUGAGAAAUAUAAAGGUGUUGAUGUUUCAAAUACAAACUUAAUUCAUUAUUUGAAGAAAGGAUUUCAAAAAGAGAUUUUUGGAGAAUGGCUCAAAGAAUUCAAUAAGAAAAGGAUUGAUGAAUUAUUAGAGAUCAAUAGUGAAGAUGUUUUGGAAAGCAUAUUUUUAAAUGUGUGCGCUAAUAACUUGAAACAAGCAAUUAUUCUCGCCAUCAAUUCUAAUAAUUCACAUUUAUCAGCUUUGCUUACCUUAUUGGAUUCUAAUGAUAAGGCUGCUCAAGCAAUUUCCAAAGCGCAAUUGGAUCACUGGAAUGACACGGCAGCUUUAUCUUUAAUUCCUCCUCAAAUUAUAAAAAUUUACCAAAUAUUGGCUGGAGACAUCAACGAUGUCGUCGAAAACUUACCUUGGAGUGUUGUUCUCGCGUUGAAAUUGUUCUAUGGAGACCAAUCCAUUGAAUUACACGAACUUAUUCAGAAUAUUUCCUCUUCGUCUGGAAAUAAUGUUGUAAUUGAUAUUUUGAAGAUAUACUAUGAUUGGAAGAUUGAUAACAAAUCUAAAGCGUUAUCGGAUAUCAAGCAAUCAAAUGCUAAUAUUAAGGUCAAAUGGAUAUUCCAUCAAAUAUUAUCUAGAAGACAUGAUCAUGUUACAGAAAAUGAGCUUACUAUCGGGUUUGGUCAAUUUUUGGAAAAAAUUGGAUUAUGGAAAGAAGCUGUGUUUGUUUACUCGCAUCAUACCAGUGAUGUAGAAACUGAGAAAUUGAUAAGAAAUGUUAUCAUUUCCAAUGUCGAUAAAUUAAAGGACCAUCUGAAUGAUGAAGAAAGCUACUUGAAUGAAACGCUCAAGGUCCCUCAUAGUUUAAUUUACGAAGCCUUUGCUAUAAAACACCACCACGCCGGAGAAUACUGGCUUGAAGGGGAAGCAUUGGCCACUGCAAAAUUGUGGGAAAAAGCCCAUGAAAACAUUGUCAAUGAAUUGGGCCCUUCAGCUGUUAUCGCAAAUAAUUCUGAUUAUAAGAACCAUUUAUUGAAACUCAUUGAACAAUUCCCGCGUUCAGGUGGCAUCAUUCCUAAUUGGAAACAAGGUGCUGGGGUCUAUUCUGACUUUUUCCAAUUAAAUGAUUGUUUUGAUAAUGCUAAACCUGUUGAUAUCAACCAGUUAGACCUAUUAUUAAGUAACAUCUCCCAAAUCAGCAAUGAGACUCCUUUUAGAGUCAAGGUUGCAUUAAGUUUAAUCUCCAAACGUAUUGGGGAUAUUGCAUUAGCUCACAAGGAUGAUAUCAAAGACGUUAAAAAUAAGAUAUUUGCCCUAAAAUUGGGCGAAAACGAACGUGAGUACUUCUCUAACCGUAUCUAACCCUCUACUCUACUAUGCAUUGUAUUAGACUCUCUUGUAC